AUGCAUGUCUUUGUGUUGGCGGUGGUUCUUUACCUCAGAAGCAGCGGCUGCGGCGCGGAGCCCAGAGCCAAGUGUCCCUCACGCUGUGACGUGAGCAGCUGUCCGAGCCCCAGCUGCCCCGGAGGCUACGUGCCUGACCGCUGCCACUGCUGCCUGGUGUGCGCGCACACGGAGGGAGAGUCGUGCGGCCGCAAGGAUGACCUGCCGUGCGGAGAGGGGCUGGAGUGCAGGCACCCGUCCGGGAAGCGCCUCUCUAAAGGCGUGUGUCAGUGCAAGCUCAACUACGAGGUGUGCGCCACUGACGGCAAGACGUACGGCAACGUGUGCCAGAUGAAGAUGGCGAGCAAGAGCGCGCAGCAGCAGGGGGCCCCGUCCAUCAGUCUGCUGCAGAAGGGGCCGUGCGUGUCCGCCACAGGUCCCACUCAUGUGGCCAGUCCUCGCUACAAGUUCAACUUUAUUGCCGACGUUGUGGAGAAGAUCGCUCCGGCGGUGGUUCACAUAGAGCUCUUUCUGAAACACCCUCUGUUUGGACGGACCAUCCCUCUGGCCAGCGGCUCAGGCUUUGUGAUGUCUGAAAACGGGCUGAUCGUCACCAACGCCCACGUAGUGUCCAGCGCCGCUCAAGUCUCCGGUCAGCAGCAUUUAAAGGUGCAAAUGCAAAACGGAGACAUAUUUGAAGCCACCAUUAAAGACAUAGACAAGAAGUCGGACAUCGCCACCAUCAAAAUCAACCCGCAGUCCAAGCUGUCGGUGCUGUUCCUGGGCCACAGCGCGGACCUGAGGCCUGGGGAGUUCGUGGUGGCCAUCGGAAGCCCCUUCGCCCUCCAGAACACCGUCACCACCGGCAUCGUGAGCACGGCGCAGAGAGACGGCAAAGAGCUGGGCCUCCGCGACUCCGACAUGGACUACAUUCAGACCGACGCCAUAAUCAACUACGGCAACUCUGGAGGGCCGCUCGUCAAUCUGGACGGAGAAGUCAUCGGCAUCAACACGUUAAAAGUAGCCGCAGGGAUCUCCUUUGCCAUCCCCUCGGACCGGAUCACACGCUUCCUUAACGAUUCCAUGGACAAAUUCAACAAAGACACAAGGCAGAUGAAGAAGAGGUUUAUUGGAAUCCGGAUGCUAACUAUCACACCAGCGCUGAUAGAGGAGCUGAAGCAACAGAACCCAGACUUCCCGGACAUCUCCAGUGGGAUCUACGUGCACGAGGUGGUCCCGCACUCCCCGGCUCAAAAAGGCGGUAUUAAAGAUGGAGACAUCCUGGUCAAACUGAACGGGAAACCUCUGCUGACCACGACGGACCUCCAGGGGGCGCUGCAGGAGGAGACCGCUCUGCUGCUGGAGGUGCGGAGGGGAAACGAUGACCUCCUGUUUAACAUCGAGCCUGAUGUCAUCAUGCAGUAA